AUGACCACUUACAUAGCUAAUGUAACGUACAAGCCGAACUACAUCGCCGGGACGCUAGUCGAGAAGGGCAUGACGUGGUGGCAGGGUCUCAUCGUCGUCGUCGGAGCCAAGGCCGUCCUCCUCCUCCCUCUCAUCCUCCACGCCCAACCGGGUACCAAAUACGGUAUCCCGUUCCCCGUCCUCGCCCGCUCCGCCUUCGGAGUUCGUGGGGCCCACGUCCCCGCCCUGCUCCGUGCGCUCGUCGCCUGUGGCUGGUUUGGCAUCGAGACAUGGCUCGGAGGACAAGCGAUAUUCAUCCUCCUUCCUUCAUCCGUAAAAAGCUCGUCUUGGGCGAAGCCGACAUGGCUCGCGACUUCUCCCCUUCGAGUUGUCCUGCUUGCGGUCUUCUGGCUCGCUCAGCUAGCGGUGCUCUGGAAAGGAUGCGCGCCGGCUCCGAUCCUCAUCUCCCUCGCGUCCCUGCUCCUAUCGUGGGCCUAUGUUAAAGCCGGUGGGCUCGGCCCAAUGCUUAAUCAGCCCAUUAAACUCUCACCGGCCGAAUUCUGGGCCCUCUUCUUCCCUUCCCUCACUGCCAACGUCGGCAGUUGGGGAGCAAUGGCCCUCAGCAUCUCCGACUUCACCCGGUAUGCCCGGAGCCAACGCGACCAAGUCCUGGGUCAACUGGGCCUUCCGUUGUUCAUGGGCUCGUUCUCCUUCGUGGGCCUCGCAGUCACAUCCUCCACCGCGGUCAUGUUCGGGCACAUCAUCUCGAACAACCCCGUCAGUCUCUUAUCCGCCAUCGGCGGCGCGUUGACCAUGACGUUAGGUAUUCCGGAUAAGUCUAGCGAUUUUGACCACCAAACAUCGCCGGCGAACAUCGUGGCCCCCGCCAACGCUCUUGUCAGCCUGAGCCCAUCGAAGUUCGGCUUCAAACGCGGCGCGUUGCUUACGCGGCCCUCAUGCGGUGCGCGUCGUGUUCAGCCGUGGAGGAUCGUCAACUGCGCCGAUAGCUUCGUGAGCACUUGGCUCGUAGGCUACUCUGGCGGUCAUGGGUCCCGCGGUAUCGGCAUAACGUUAACGGAUUACUACGUGAUUCGCCGCACUUUUAUCGACGUCGACGAGCUGUACUCGACGAGUCCGUCGGGGAUGUAUUACUACUGUAAAGGGUAUAAUUUGGCGGCGAUUUUGAGCCUGGUGGUGAGUUUGGGUCCUAUUGCGCCUGGGUUUUUACGUAAGCUGGGUUUGGUUGAGGAGCUGGGCUUUGUUUGGGUUUGGAUUUACAAUGUGGGUUGGUUCUUUGGGUUCUUUUGCUCAGCGAUUACGUACUUUGUGCUGGUUCGUUUUCUUGGGGGCGUCGGGGGUUACUGCAAGGUUAAGGGUGAGGAUAUUAAUGGUGGUAACUCUUUGGCGGAUCCAAUGCUGCCUUCUACAGUACUGGAGUAAUUUCCUUUUUGCUUAACGAAAUAAAGCGCGAAUGUUGUAAUUUUCGUAUUUGUAUAUCAAAAAGAUUAUCUAUACUGCUAUAUUAUAUUCUAUUCUUAGCG